AUCGCGCGAAAUUUUUUUUAGAUUGCAAUUGCAAAGGUGUUUUCAUGAGUAACUAUUUAGUUACUCUUAUGGGUGUUUUAGUACUUUUAAUUUAAAAACCAAUACAUUGUUUAUUUCCCAAUUCAUGAAACAACCGUAAAAUGAAGGAAAGGAGUCAAGAAAAAAGCAAACCGCUUCUUAAAGAAGAUUUGUCAAACUCAAAUUUAGACGAGGAUUCAGGAGAUGAAGGGGAUGAAACAUCAAGUGUUGGAAGUACUUCCACCACAGACAACACCUCCAGAAGUGCUACACCCACAAACAGACUCCGUAAAGGUCGUAGGGGCAAGAAAAGGUUGAGUAACCCCCCGAAAACUCUGAAACCGAUUUACAAAUUUUCUUGUAGCAUUAAAGAGGAUCACGGUCAACCACUGUUUGGCGCUCAGUUCAACCAUUACCUUAAAGAAGGGGAACCGUUUGUAUUCGCAGCCGUCGGAAGCAACAGAGUGACCGUUUAUGAAUGCCCCGAGGGAAACGGUAUAAAAUUACUUCAGUGUUACGCCGACCCAGACCUGGACGAAAACUUUUACACCUGUGCCUGGUCGUACGACGAGGACUUAGGAAAACCGUUAUUGGCCGUCGCAGGGUCUAGGGGAGUGGUACGCAUUUUAAACCCGGCAACCAUGAGCUGCAUAAGACACUACAUAGGCCACGGUCACGCCAUAAACGAAUUGAAGUUCCAUCCUAAGGAUCCAAAUCUUUUACUGUCCGUUUCGAAGGACCAUUCCUUAAGGCUGUGGAAUAUUAAGACGGACGUGUGUAUCGCUAUUUUCGGUGGGGUCGAGGGCCACAGGGACGAGGUUUUAAGUGCGGAUUUUGAUUUAAUGGGGAACAGGAUUAUGUCCUGCGGAAUGGACCAUUCCCUGAAGCUGUGGCGACUGGAUAAGGAUACAAUGAGGGAGGGUAUAAAGCAGUCGUACGGUUGGAACGCAAAUCGAAACACGAGGCCCUUCGACUGCUUAAAGGAGAAUUUCCCGGACUUUUCCACCAGGGACAUACACAGGAACUACGUAGAUUGCGUUCGGUGGUACGGAGAUUUCGUUUUGAGUAAGUCCUGCGAGAACUGCAUAGUUUGUUGGAAGCCCGGUAGGUUGGAGGACGAAAAUUUGAGGAAAGGCGAGACGAGUUCUACGGUCAUUCAUCGUUUCGAGUACAAGGAAUGCGAGAUCUGGUUCGUGCGGUUCGCUAUGGACUUUUGGCAAAAGAUCCUCGCCCUGGGAAAUCAGACGGGGAAGGUAUUCGUGUGGGACCUAGACGUAUCGGAUCCCGCCCAAGCGAGGGCCUACACCCUGCAGCACCCCAGAUGCACGACGGCCAUCCGCCAGGCCUCCCUCAGUAGAAACGCGAACAUACUGAUCUGCGUGUGCGAUGACGGCACAGUAUGGCGUUGGGAUAAAAUAGCUUAAUGUCGUUUAAUUUUAAGUGUGUUAGAUGUGACUGUAUCGUUUAUAUUUUAUUUGUAAUACAACUACAAAAAUGUAACUGGUCU